CUUGGAAGAACCAGGCGAGACCCUUUCUGGUUCUCUAGGAAUCGUUCAUCAGUAUGUGAAGAUGCCCGAUGAAGUCGUUAAUCCUUAUGACCCUGUCUCUGAAACAUUCAACAAGAGUAUCAGCGUGUCAGGUUGUCUUCCAGCCAUGGGAUAUAGCUUUGCAGCAGGUACCACAGAUGGUCCGGGUGCCUUCAACUUCACUCAGGGUACCACAACUUCUAAUCCUCUUUGGAAUGCAGUCAGAGACUUCAUCGCUGCACCCACUAAAGAGGACAUUAAAUGCCAAGCGCCGAAACCUAUUCUACUUGCUACUGGACGAGCGAAAUUUCCCUACGAAUGGCAACCCAAUAUAGUUUCCUGCACAGUGGCAAAGAUCGGAGAUCUAUUGUUGGCUGCGGUGCCUGGAGAAUUCACCACAAUGGCUGGGAGAAGACUGAGGAAAGUCGUAUCGAAGAUCGCAGGAGCGAAGAAAGUGGUGCUAGCAGGAUUGUCUAAUAUUUACUCGGAUUAUAUUACUACACCCGAAGAAUAUCAGGCGCAAAGGUAUGAAGCAGCGUCAACAAUAUUUGGGCCGCACACGUUGGAUAUUUAUCUAAACAAAUAUGCUGAGCUUACAACGGCCUUAAUGAAGGACACGUUCCUGCACCCAGGCCCGGAGCCACCCGACUUCCAAGAUCAGCUAAUCACCCUGGUGCCGCCGGUGCUUUGGGAUGGAAACCCCUGGGGCAAAGAGUUUGGUGACUGCGUCAAGCAGCCGCAGAGGCAGUACAGCUACGGCGACAUCGUCGCUGUUUCUUUUAUUGCAGGCCAUCCUCGCAAUGGCCUCCGGCACGGCCGCUGGUACGCCAUUGUCGAGAAACUAGAGUCGGAAAAGUAUGACUCUUGGGUUACUUACGCCACCGAUGCUGACUGGGAGACUAAGUUCAUCUGGCGUCGAGAUUCCAAGAUCUUGGGGACAAGUUUCGCGGAUAUAGAAUGGGAGAUUCCAGCAGGAACACCUCGUGGUACAUACCGCAUACACCACUUUGGCAACUACAAGUACAUUCUUGGAGGGAUCUAUAGCUAUCACGGGUUCUCAGAGCCUUUUGAGUUAACAUAGUGACUAGUGAAUGGACUAUAGUUUCUGAAGACUGUAGUUGUUAUAGUUUGACAAGUUAACGCGGACAGUUUAAAGAUAAAUAAAUAAAAUGGUCUUUAUUUGGCAUGUGCAUGCAAAAUACAUUAGAAACAAUUUAUACAA